AUGUUUUGCCUGAACGCUAACUUUAAACCUUCCUUGUGUUAUAGCCACAACGCUUUUUCAAAACUAAAUAUUUGCUGUAUAGUUCAUAGAAAGUCAUUUAAACGCUCUCUGAAUCAGAAUCUAGUACUUAAGGAAAAUACGAUAUUCGAUAAUUCCACUAUUUACAGCUUGCGGCUGUUCUGUACGACAGGUCGUUGUGAAUGUUUGCUUGGUGCUCGUGGCGAGAAAUGUGAUCAUUGUGCUGAUGACCUCGUCAUGACUCCUUCUGGAUGUCUAAAAAGGGAAGAGUUUCACGCACCUAGGUCUUGCUCCCUGCUAAAAUGCCACCACGGAGCGAAAUGUGUUGAAUCACAAGCUGGUCUUCCUAAUUGUGAAUGUCCUGAGCAGUGCAUUGUGGAUCAUUUAGGAAUAGUUGCGAAUAUGAGUGUUUGUGGAUCAGAUGGAACCACAUAUGAAGAUAUGUGUCAAUUAACGCAAUUCGCUUGUAAGCAUCAAUUGGAUGUUGUUGCUGUAUCUCUUGGGAUCUGUCCUCAAGUUGCGAAUAUGAGUGUUUGUGGAUCAGAUGGAACCACAUACGAAGAUAUGUGUCAAUUAACACAAUUCGCUUGCAAACAUCAACUGGAUGUUGUUGCUGUAUCUCUUGGAAUCUGUCCUCAAGGUAAACCUGAACAUCUAACAUCAUUGAAUGUUCCCAUGUUGAGAGUUUUUCUCUUUGCAGAUUCUACUGGACCGAGAGAAAGGAACAAUAGACAGAAGAUCCUAAAACAAGUGAGGAAUAUAGACACUAAGGUGCUCUAUAAUUACACGGGAGAACUCGCUUAUGUCAAUCAUAUUGGAUAG